AGUUUUUGGAAGUUUGCAGUCCGCGGUGAUUUUAUUAUUUUUUUCUGCUCGCCAAAUUUCGGUGUCGCCUUGUUAAUUUUUCGAAUUUUCUUCCGCCGGAAACCGCAACCAAGUGCCGGGAACGUGACGGUCGGUUUUGUGUGCUUAUAGUUUCGCUUCAAUUUCGGUUUAACUUGCCUAUAGUAAUUAGGUUUCGCAAUUGUUUCCUUCGAACGUGGCUUCAUUUCGUCGUCGUCGCCGUCGGUGUCGCAAGUGGUUUGCAUUGUUUACAUUUUUUCGGGUCUUGCAAAAUUGGCUUGUUUUUAACGGUGUAGCAUAUAAAGUGUAGUGAAUAUUGUGCCUUAUAGAUUUGGUGCCGAUAGUGCUCGAAAGUUUCCUCGCUUAUUCGAGAAGUAAUAGUAAAGUGCAAUUAUUUUAACAACAACCAGUGAUUGAUCGGUUUGUGAUCAACCAGGCGAGAAGCGACGACGUUGAAAUCUGUAAGGGGAAAAAAGAAUUGCAUGAUAGUGAAGGGAAACGGUGGAUGACGAUUGCGACUGGAUUGCCACCACACCACCACCUGUUAGAACUGGAAGUAAGCAAAGUUUUGUUAGAGGAAGCGAAACGUUGAUCGCCUAAUCAACACCAUCGAAGUUACAUUCCAAUUUUCACACCAUCUCGUCGGGGAGGAAGAACACAUCAUUCCGUUGGUAAACAUUCCACUGAUUGCGCGCAUCGAGUUGCGGCAAAAAUUUUUUCACCGCCAUCACACACACGCUAAUUGAACAAUCCGUCCGGCCCAACCUGUCUGUGGGACGUCGUCUGUGCUCGCUGCCGAUUUUUUUCCCAAUCCCAGUACUGUUGUGUCGCACCUUAACACCGCACCACCACCACCACCACUACUGGUUAACAACGCAAGCAAAAUCAAAAGCAAAGGAAAAUGCCCAUCCAAAUCAACAACAACGACAGCAACAAUAGCGGUGGCGGCGGUGGUGGCGCCGGGUCCGAGAUUAAGGUGAAAAUCGCCUACAGCGGCGAGGUGAUGAUCACCUACAUCGUCGAAAGCAUCACAUACGAGGGACUCUGCCGGGAGAUACGGCAGAUUUGCCGCUUCGCUCCGGAUCAGGUUUUCACCAUGAAAUGGGUGGAUGAGGAAAACGACCCUUGCACUAUUCAAUCCGAUUUGGAGCUAGACGAGGCGAUCCGGCUGUACGAGGUCAACCGGGACUCGGAGCUUGUCAUACACGUAUUCCCAAAUGUGCCGUCGGCUCCGGGGAUGUCCUGCGUCGGAGAAGAUCGCAGCAUCUACCGACGAGGUGCCAGGAGAUGGCGCAAGCUGUACCGGAUAAACGGACACAUAUUCCAGGCGAAGCGUUUCAAUCGGAAAGCAUUCUGCGCCUUCUGCCACGACCGCAUCUGGGGCCUCGGCCGGCAGGGCUUCAAGUGCAUCCAGUGCAAGCUGUUGGUGCACAAAAAGUGCCACAAGCUAGGCAACAAACCGUGCAGCAACGAACACGUGGAACCGUUCAAGGAGCGUGAUCACCAGGAUCUGAACGACGAAUCCAACGCCGUCGAUGUGAUCCAGCCGCCGCAGGACUAUCCACAGGACUACCAUCAUGAGGCCGAUCAGGUUCCGGUGGAGGCAACGGAGAACGUGGAGGAACCACUGGAACCGGGAACCCAGCGGCAAUAUUCGCUCAACGAUUUCGAACUGAUUAGAGUCAUCGGACGUGGCAGCUACGCCAAGGUGCUGAUGGUCGAGUUGCGUCGAACGCGCCGCAUCUACGCAAUGAAGGUCAUCAAGAAAGCUCUGGUCACCGACGACGAGGACAUCGACUGGGUACAGACGGAGAAGCACGUCUUCGAAACCGCUUCCAAUCAUCCGUUCCUGGUCGGGUUGCACUCGUGCUUCCAGACGCCGUCCCGGCUGUUCUUCGUGAUCGAGUUCGUACGCGGUGGCGAUCUGAUGUUCCACAUGCAACGUCAGCGACGUCUUCCAGAGGAGCACGCACGGUUCUACGCCGCCGAGAUUAGUUUGGCGCUGAACUUCCUGCACGAGAAGGGCAUCAUCUAUCGUGAUCUGAAGUUGGACAACGUUUUGCUCGAUCACGAGGGACACAUCAAGCUGACCGAUUAUGGCAUGUGCAAGGAGGGCAUCAGACCGGGCGAUUCGACGUCGACGUUCUGCGGAACGCCGAACUACAUCGCGCCGGAAAUUCUACGCGGAGAGGAUUAUGGAUUCUCUGUGGAUUGGUGGGCUCUCGGAGUGCUGCUGUACGAAAUGUUAGCUGGUCGUAGUCCUUUCGACAUAGCUGGCGCUUCCGAAAAUCCGGAUCAGAACACCGAGGACUACCUGUUCCAGGUAAUAUUGGAGCGAACCAUUCGUAUUCCGCGAUCGCUCAGCGUUAAGGCGGCCUCGGUGCUGCGAGGUUUCCUCAACAAGAAUCCAGCCGACCGGCUCGGCUGCAAUCGCGAGUCCGCUUUCAUGGACAUUGUCAGUCAUCCGUUCUUCAAAAGUAUCGACUGGGAGAUGCUAGAGCAAAAGCAAAUUACGCCGCCGUUCAGACCGAGGCUCGACUCCGAACGCGAUCUGGCCAACUUCCCGCCGGAGUUCACCGACGAGCCGGUGCAUUUGACACCGGACGAUGACCGCGUUAUCGACAACAUCGAUCAGAGCGAAUUCGAGGGCUUCGAGUACGUGAACCCGCUGCUAAUGUCGCUGGAAGACUGCGUUUGACAUCACGCAUCCUGCGAGUUGCAUCCAUAUAACAUGCAGCUAUACGGUGACGAUUCUAGCGAUUACGAUUCCGUUGUGGAUGAACUAAGUAUUCUUCAAUUACCUCCGCCACCAUCAAAAAGUCUACUGCAGCACAUGUUUUGCCUUCCAUUGAACUAGUAAUGAGCGACCGCGUCGUAGAGACCGGAUCAGCAACGGAACAACAACAACCGUUGGAAAUCGACAAAAACAGAGAAAGAGAAAGAGAGAUAGAAGAAAAAGAAACAGACGAAAGAUUGAUGACAUUGGCGAGUUUCAUUUUUUCCUUUUACAGUUAUUGAUUAUUAUCUGCUAAUUUCCAUCUUUUUCGGCAGUCUUCUAAGUCUAGAGUAGUAAGCAGAAACCAAAAAUAAAGCAGCUUUUCCUUUAAGCGUAACGAAACUAAAACAAACAAAUAAACAAACAAACAAAUUGACUCACAAGUCUAGCGAACGAUGAUUAGGGACAAGUUUCACAAUGAAAAAUGUUACUUAACGCAACACACACAAGAGCAAACGUUAUCCAAUUCUUAAACUACACAAUCAAUUUAAGAACAAUUGCUAGUGGUUAUGAAAAUAACUAAAACACAUACGAAGGUGCGGUCACAACAAACAACACUAACAUUGUUAAUAUGGUACUUAACAUAUUCAGCUGAACAACAUUCCAAAAUGCAUUAACAAGCAUCAAAUUAGAGGCAAGUGGUUACUUUUUCAACAAUGUAAAAUCGGAAAAACUAUUAUAAUUAAACAAAAAAGAAAGAAUUAUUAACCUAACAAACAUUGAACAUGAAAGAAAAUAUGAUCUAAAAUCUAAGAAAAUAAGCAGAACAUCAACGGAUUCCUGACUAGGCUAAAAAUUGCACCGCUGCGUUAACAUAUGAGUAAAAAGAAUGAUUCCUCAUUAUCAAUGAACAAAAAACAAAAAAAAAUUGAUCGUUGAGUUAUGACAAAUUUGAAAGCAAAAUCGAAGUUGUAUAGAAGCAAAAAACAUUAGAGAAAAAUUACAUUUAGCUAAUGAAAACAUUCCGAAAAAAGAAACUAACAAAACAAGAGAAAAUAGUAAACCAGAAAAAGACAUAACAAAAGGCGAGAUUUUAAAUUUUUAAAUCAAACAGAAUUACUAAAGUAUAAAUUUAUUGAUAGAAGCAUACUGCAAAUAACAACAGCAAAAGCAAAAACACAAAAAAGAAAGGCGAACAACAGAUCAGGAAACCAAAACCGAAGCAGUUUGUAGUCGUCGUGUUAGAUAAAACAUUCAAAUUAUUGCGCAAACAACCGCGGCGCGGAUUGAAUUGGUCUGAGGAUAGAAUAGCAGGUGCAAAACACUACUGCUGGCACAGGACAGGAGGAAACCAUUUUUUUACGACAUUCCACUCCUUUAACCUGUUUCGCGUAGCUUAAUCCACAGUACCUAGCACAGUUUUUGUUUUGUCCUCGCUAGAAGCAUACGAGAGAAGGAAUGUUAAUUCAACUCCUUCAACAGAACAUAUUUUUUUGCUUGCGACGACGAAUUUCGGCUAAAUUUUGCCUGGUUCCUUUUUCCCGGUUCAAUCCGCUUUUUCCCUAUCAACCAGCUGUUCGGUUAGAUGCUAAUUAGAAUUCAAUUUCGAUUCGUGAUAGAAAUGUGUACGUAUUAGGAUCUCCUAUAGGAAACUUGCUCCCAAGUCUGUUAGGUGCGUGCGCUGCAGUGCUGCAGUGCGUGAUUUUUCGGUUAUGGCGUGAAGUUGACGUCCGAAGUAAAGUAAGUUCGAUCCACAUUUUACAGGAGUUAGGAGUUGUGUUAGAACUAUCGUCCGAAUCGUUCUUAUAUUCAGUAUAAUUUUUGCUGUAUUAGAUUCGUACUUAAUGUAAUCGAAAUUAGAUAGUUUUAUUCAGUUAGUCGUAAGUCGAAAGCAAGUGAAAGCAUUAACUUUUUGAAACUUUAAUUGUUUAGAUUACUUCACUUAGGUUCACUAAGCAAGCGAGCAACCAGUACCCGGUAUGAUUUGAAACCGUAACAUUCUUUUACUGUAGUAUUAUAUUUAUUUGAAAAUUUUUCAACUUUUUAACGGUACGUUGACAUUUGACAUUUUCACUUUCAUUUUAUCGAUAAGUUUUGCAAUGUACUUAAAUUCCAUCUGCCUUUAAUUACUACUGUUGAAAUACGUUAUGAUUCUCCAAUGAGAAGUUUUUACUGACGGAAAAA